UUGCAACAGUGGCGUCUCCGGCAGCUAUGACAACAGAAGUUUUAAUAUGGGUGGGUUGACACCACUAAAGAAGAAAACUUUGGCCUGUAAAAUGCCCCAGAAAGUGCUGAAAUGCACCGUGGAAGUGUAUAUUCAAGCUAUUACCUGCCCAGGAGUGGUGCUUCCAUACCAACCAGAUGUAUACCUAAGUGUUUGUGUCAUGGGGCAAUACCAGAAGACUCUUUGUGUGCCUCCAGUUUUCCCACUAUUAUUCCAUGAAAAGAUGGUGUUUGAGAAGGCCUUUUCAGAAGCCAUUGACCCAAGUGACAUUGCUGAUCUCCUGGAGCUUGACACAACCUCCUUUGAGCUGAUUCAGCUUGUUCCCCCAGAAGGAGAAAUCUUGGCCACAGUGGAGGAGAACACACGGGACUUUCUGUAUCCAGGCCCCAGACUGACCCCCAGAGCUUCUGGUCCUGAGAGAGAGCUACUAAUGAAGAGAUCCAUCUCUUUCCCUGGAAUUUCUCCCAAAAUAGAAUUCUCGACAACUUCUGUCAUUGAGGAAUGUGAGCUGAAAGAUGGCCAGCCCGCCACCCCUGCCUGCCAUCCGACUCCAGUGAAACCCCGAUCUGGCAGGAGGACCAAUAAGAGCCCGGGGUCUGCUGCGAAAAGAAAACCACAGGCCACUGCGUCCAAUAGCUACGAGCAUCCCACGGUGGCCUCCCAAUCGCGCUCUCCCUCUCCCUACACCCAUCGCCGCAUGUGCCAGCUCUCGGAGGACAACGCUCAGCGGCUCAGCCACCUGCAGCUGGGGCCUUACAAGUUUAAGAAGGAGUCGGAGAGCCAGCCCCCCUUCGUGGUCCCCCGGACUCUGAGUGCCUCCUUAAACGAGACCCCCUCGUCCCAGCUCCCAUCCUCUUCCAAGAGGAGCUUGUCUGCCAGCUACACCGCGGACAGCACGCUAGAUCCCUCCCUUAUCGGCAGUUAUAGACCAAAGCCUCCCAGAGGACAAGUGCAAACAAAUGUUAAGGUGAACAAAGGCUCCCUGAAGGUCUCGGAGUCCCCCGGAGAAUUUUCCGCAAAUAAGCGCAAUGGCACCCCUAGUGGUGGUCCGCUGACAGUGCAGUCUACCCCAGCAUCUGGCAAAAGGAUUGCCCAGAGCCCCCUGCUGAACCGCUCUUCCCUGAGGGAAAGGUUCCAGAACAGUCCGUCCAGCCCCGGUCAGUGGGAAGAGAUACAUCGCAGAGUUCAGAGGUUGCUGAAGACCCAUGGCGCCCACAGAACACUCACGUUUGAGCGGGACCGUGCGACGGGGGAGCCUGGCCGGCGCGGGCCUCCGGUCUCCUGCGAUGACAGCCCCGUCCUGCGGGACAGCGCUGGGAUCCCCGGUGAGGCUUCGGUCCAUUUGGGCAACGGAGCUUUCUGGUCAAACAGAGCCGCCCAAUACAGAGGGAAACCCCACAGAGCCGUGUUCGAGGACAGUCUGGGUCAGAUAUACAAGAGCCUAUACAAACAGGCCUCUGGAACCAACUAGGAGUCCAGUCAUCCAUCAGCCACUGACAUUAGCUGUACUGUAAUCCGCCCGUGAAUAACACUGAACCGGGUAACAAUCAUUCUAAGAGCAAAAUGUCUGUCUUGAGAUUCAAAUAAACAAACAUUAAUGUCUGCAGAUUUGGCAGCUUACCCUUUUUAUCUCCUGUCUCACACAUUUACCGUAAUAAGUUUGCACUCCGAUAGUAUUGAAUUAGCAUGUACACUGGUUUACGCUCUGUACUAAUUCUUUUUUAGAUACGCAUAUCCUGUGUAAGAGAGUAACAAGUUAUGCAUAAUAUAAUGAAAUAUUUAUUUUCUGUAUUUUAUUCAUUGAAUUAAACUGCUUAAUUAAACCA